AUGGCUGACCCGGCCCCCGCAAUCGCCCAUCUGAGCAACAACUCAUGGGCAAGGAACCUCAUUGCCUCGCCCGAUUAUAAAGCGAUCGAGACCGACUCGAGGCGCUUGAAGCCUACAACUGGUGAAGAUGGCUAUUUUGCCCAAACCCUCAACACACCCUCCACAAUCCCGUACUGCCUAACCCUGCAACGUCGCAACCUCGCACCCGUGCCUGCCGAAGUUCCCACAUGGCUCCCCGCGACGAAACAAGAUGCCGCCGCUGCUGUAAAGCCUACACCGAAUGUCAACCCAGCUGAUGUUGUGAUGAUCUUGGAUCUCAGCAGCCCCGGUCUCUCGGGCCACGCAUUUACCGUGCACGGUGGGAUCAUCGCUACGCUGAUCGACGAGACCAUGUCCCUGGCUAUAGCGGCCCAUACCAAUGCGCCGAGCACUGCUGGCGCCUUUGACGAUAACCCGCGCGGAGAGAUCUUUACCGCGCAGCUGGACAUACGUUAUAAAAAGCGGGUCGUCACGCCGGCAUUGCUCGUUAUUAAGGCACGAGUCGUUGGGAGGGCCGGGAAGAAAUUCUGGGUGCGGGCCCAGGCGAUACAGGAGGAUGAAGAGAGCGCCGGGGGACAUUUGGAGUGGGCGAAGAAGAAGGUUGUCAAGGCUGAGGGUAUGGCGUUCUGGAUCGUGACGUCGGACUCGAAGUUGUGA